AUGAAUCUAAGUGAGAGCCUAACUACCCGCAGCAACCUUUCUCGCCAAUCAUCCAAGUCCAAGAGUGGUGGAUGUUGUCGAGGCCUCAGCAGCGUUAGGACCGUCUCAUCCACCGCACCAACCUUGCAACACCAUCACCUUCAGCAGCUUUACCAAAAAUUGGAACUAAAGGUCGCAGGUUUGGAAAAAGAGGUGCAGAGGCAGACAGAACUGCGCGUUAUGUACAGGAAAAGAAUGGAAAAGACGCAGGAUUACUUGAAAUACUGUCUCCAAAUCGCACAGGAAAAUGGAAUCUUGGACCUCAUUACCCACUCCAACGGUGAAGUCUCGCAAUCUUCCCUUUCUUCUUCACAUGAACCCACAGCUUCGCACAACCAUCCCAAUCUGAUACCCAUCGUUCAUCAAGCCAAAAUCAAUGGAUGGUUCAUCAACCCCAGUGAGAUUCGUCUGGGAGAAAAAAUAGGGCAGGGAACCACGGCGGAGAUUCACAGAGGGACGUGGCGCGGGUUUGAUGUGGCGGUGAAGUGCAUGUCAGAUUCAUUCUUCAGCAAAAACGAAAACGGUGUCGUAUUCUUCGCUCAGGAGGUUGAAACCCUCUCGAAACAGCGUCACCGGUUUGUGCUUCACCUCAUGGGUGCGUGUCUCGACCCUCCGCAUCAUGCAUGGGUGGUUACCGAGUAUCUGAACACCACGCUCAAGGACUGGCUACAUGGGCCGGGGAAAAGGCCCAAAAACAGAACAACGCCGCUCCCUCCCUUCAAAGAGAGGGUGAUGCGGGCCCUGGAAAUAGCCCAAGCCAUGCAGUACCUCCACGAACAAAAGCCCAAGGUCAUUCAUCGUGACUUGAAGCCCAGCAACAUCUUCCUGGACGAUGCGUUGCAUGUGAGAGUGGCGGAUUUUGGUCACGCGCGGUUCUUGGACGACGACGAAAUGGCCCUCACCGGAGAAACAGGAACAUACGUGUAUAUGGCACCGGAGGUAAUCCGGUGCGAGCCCUACGAUGAAAAAUGCGAUGUAUACAGUUUUGGGAUCAUACUCAACGAAUUACUUACUGGAAACUACCCUUAUAUUGAGACACAACUUGGUCCCGCCAAGAUUGCUAUGGAAGUUGUGGAGGAUGAGCUAAGGCCUUUAAUUGCAUCAAAGGACGAUGGUGAGGAAGUGGAAGAAUUGAUUGAGCUAAUAUGCCUUUGCUGGAAUGCAAGCCCAUCCACUCGACCAUCAUUCGCAACAAUUACUCAUACCCUCAACUCUUAUGUUAAAAGGGUCCUUCUAAUUUCAAAUUAA